AUGUCUAAGAAACGACAAGAAGUUCAGUUACAACAAGAUAUUGAAACCCAAGAAGAAUGGGAGGAGAUGAUGGCCAAGGAGGGAUUAUGGGUCGUUGAUAUUUAUCAAGAGUGGUGUGGACCCUGUGCUGCUAUGGUCAGUUUCUUUCGUAGAAUGAAGAAUGAACUUGGUGAUGACUUGUUACAUUUUGCUACUGCUAAAGUUGAUACCAUAGAUGCUUUAGAUAAAUACAAAGGAAAAUGUGAACCCACUUUUCUAUAUUUUGCUUGUGGUGUUUUAGUAGCUGUUGUCCAUGGUUCACAAUCACCAUUAGUUAUGAGAACAGUUACAGAACAGUUAGCUCAGGAACAUAAAGUUAUAGAUGGUAAUUCUCAAAGAAAAGAGGUUAGAACAUACUGUCAGACUGAUGAUCUAGAGAAUGGAGAAUUAGAUGAAUCAGAAUCUGAAAGUGAAGAAAUGGGUUAUACUGUUGCUAUUAUUAAACCUGAUGCUGUAAGAAAUGGUAAAGUUGAUGAAGUUUUAGAACAAAUGAAAGAGAAGGGUAUAGAUGUUGUAGCAGAAGAAGAAAGACAACUGACAGAAGAAGAGGCUAGAGAGUUCUACAGUCAUCUUAAGGAUGAGGACUAUUUUGAAGAAUUAGUACAGUUUAUGAGUAGUGGUCCAAGUCAUGUUUUAGUAUUAACUAAAGGUGCAGAAACGGAUGGUUCAGUGUUGAAAGAAUGGAGAGAAAUGAUUGGUCCAACCAGUGUUGAAGAAGCUAAAGAACAGGCUCCUGACAGUUUACGAGCAAAAUACGGUUCUGGUAAAUAUAUGAAUGCUCUUCAUGGUAGUAGCUCUCCUGAAACUGCUGCCAGGGAAAUGGCUUUCUUCUUUCCUAAACUGGCUGUUACGAAGAAGAAGGGAGUUGAAAGAACUUUAGCUUUGAUUAGACCUGACGCUUUCAGAACAAAAAGAGAUGAGAUUUUAGAGAAAAUAAGAGAAUCUGGUUUUAAGGUAGCCUUACAGAAACAAAUGACAUUAAGUAGAGAACAGGCUGCAGAAUUUUAUAAAGAACAUGAAGGUCAACCAUAUUUUGAAGAUUUAGUAACCAGAAUGUCCAGUGGUCCAUUAUUAGCUCUAGGAUUAGCUAGAGAAGAUGCUGUACAAGGCUGGAGACAGAAGUUAGGACCUAAAGAAGUAGAUAAAGCUAAAGAAGAAGAACCAGAAAGUUUAAGAGCUCAAUUUGCUGUAGAUGAUGUAGAAAUAAAUCAGCUCCAUGGUUCUGAUUCUGCUGAAAGUGCCAAGAAAGAAUUGGAAUAUUUCUUCCCUAUGCAGCAAACAGUAGCAUGUAUUAAACCAGACAGUAUUGGAACCAAAGAUGCUAUUAUUGAGAAUAUCCAUGAAGCAGGAUUUAGAAUAGCUGCCCAGAAAGAGACAGUUAUAACUCGAGAUAUAGCAGAAGAGUUCUAUUCUGAACAUAAAGAUAAAGAUUACUUCAAUGAUUUAGUCAAUCAUAUGUGCAGUGGUCCAACAAUGUUUAUGGUAUUAUCUAAAGAAGAUGCUGUAGAAGGUUGGAGACAAGCCAUUGGACCAACUGAUCCUGAAAAAGCUAAAGCAGAACUUCCUGAAUCCCUUCGUGCAAUUUAUGGUAAAGAUGUUCUACACAAUGCUGUACAUGGUAGUUCUAAUGAAGAACAUGCUAAGAAAGCUAUAGAACAGGUGUUUGGACCCCUACAGUUUAACUCUGAUGGUACUGUUCAAGGUAUUUUUUUAUUUUACCCUGACAUUGUGGUUAAUUUGUGCAUGGUACAAAAUAGGUUGUUGGAGUUGGAUUCUAAAUUGUAA